AUGGGUCAACCCAAGUGGCUCGUGUGUCUCAAAUCACGAUUCAGUGGGAAAGGCAAAAGCAAAAACAAAGGAUCGCUGGGAAAUGACACCUCUCAAGCAUCAGCAUCAACUCCCCUCGUGGAGUCUUAUCAGUCCCUCGGCGAAGCCACAAAGGAAGUAAGGAGCUCACAGUCUAAUCGCUAUAGCUCCGAACAUGGACCGAGUGAAAUCAAGUCAAAGGAGCAGACGAAUCCUAUAUCCCCCGUUGUUGAUGGACAGGAGAUACCAGAUGUAGGAGACAUUUGGGAAGAGGCAUACGGUCGCAUUCGCAAUAACAAGGUCUUGGAGAAACUUGUGAUUGAAUAUGAGAAUAUAGUCCGCUCAAAACUCCCGUCGGCCACAACGGACCCUGACUGCGGCGUUGUCGACAACAAUCCGAUGCCCCUUACGCGUCAACUAGCCGUUCUAGACGACAAGAGUCGCCAGAAAUUGAUGGAUGAAUUGGUCAAGGAAAGCAGCAAUAAUGCAGCAGAUAUCAAAGCAUUCGAUACCUUCUCGAAAGUAUUCAACUCGACCAAGGAUGGAAUAUCGAGCAUGCUGGCUGUUUACCCACCUGCCUCUAUUGCCUGGACAGGGGUCUGUUUAGUAUUGACUCCGGUAGUUAGUGCGAGUCAUAAUGGCCUCCUGUAUAUUAUCGCGAAGCUUCCAUGGUAUGCGCACUUGGUCGAGCUUCUAAAAUCUGAAAUAUGGCAGUCUCCCCAGCAAUUCCGGCGGUCGAAGGCCCCUCUCAAAGAGGCAAUCAUAGAGCUAUACAGGCUCAUCAUUGAAUUCCAGAUCUUGAGUCUGCGAGAAUGCCAUCACAAGUUCAGAACCCUUUCCAAGACCUUCGUGGGGCUGGGCUCAUCCGCGGAGGAUAGACUGACUCAGAUCAAAGAAGCUGAGAGCGAGGUGCAGACGUAUAUGGAAAUCGAUUUCAGGACACAAGUGUUGGACACACUCAAAGGCAUCAAAUCAACUUCAGCCCAAAUGAAGACCGGCUUGACAUCAGAACUCAACAGGCAGUUUGCGUUGAGGCAACAGUCAAAGCUAAUCACAAAGUUUAGGCUAGACGAAGCCCAUCUGGAUAUUGAUCAGUAUCAAGCCUACUAUGAGGAUAUCAGCAAUCCUUCAAGUGGAACAACCGAAGGCUUCCGUGAGCACAGAAUAUAUCAAGAAUGGGAAUCCGGAUCAACUCGUUCUCUGCUUGUGGUGGCCAACCCUGGUACUGGAAAGUCGGUGCUGACCAAAUCUCUUCAUGAGUCACUUUCAAGACCAGGUGGACCUGCGGUUUGUUCAUUCUUCUUCAAGGACCGCGGUGGUCAGCAAAAUAACAUGAACGUCGCUCUCUGCCACAUUAUGUAUCAAUUGUUCCAGAAUCGUCCGGACUGGAUUGUCCACGUGGUGGAUGAUAUUCAGAACAAGGACCCGGGUGACAUACGAUCAAACUUCCGUUUUCUAUGGGAGCUUCUUCAUAAGGUACUCGUUAAAGUUGAACCGGAUAGCAUUGUUCUUCUGCUUGACGCCUUGGAUGAAAGUGAGCCUGGCUCAAGGGAAAAGUUUAUUCAGCACUUGCACGGUUUCGAUAGCCCAGCUCUGAAGCUCUUCUGCACUGCCCGUCCACUGAGCGACAUCAUUGACGACUUUCACCCCGUGAUGGAUUUUAUUUUGGACCUCGAUCAAGAUGCGCAAUGUCGGGAGUUUCUUUCAAGGGAUAUUCAAUGUGUUGCGAGUCAACGUCUGGAGAGGUUCAUGCAGAAACGGAAGAUCGAAAAUGAGUCUGUUUGUUUACAGCUCCGAGAAAUGCUCAGAAAGCGCGUUGAAGGAGAUCGGACAUAUCUAUUUGUCAAAUUGCUUUUCGAUGUUUUGGAUAAGAAGAAGUUGAGUAUGACAAGAUCGCUGAGGGCAUGGGUCAAAGAAUUCGAGAAUAUUCCAGAGACAGUCUUUGACGCGUAUACCGAGCUACUGGACGCAAUAGAUGAAGCAGAUCGUGAAGCGGUGAAAGCUAUGUUGAAGAUUGUCUUGGCCGCACAGAGACCUUUGACCGUUCAGGAAAUGGAAAUUGCCUUGAAGGUUGGUAUGGAUGACGAGGCCUUUGAGCGUGGAGACGAGUUCAACCCACUUCUAUUCAAAGCGACCAUGUUGGAACGAUGUCAUUUCUUGCUGGUGACAUACAAUGACCGUAUCUACUUUAUUCACCAAACUGUUAAGGACUAUCUUCUAUCGGAACAAGAAAGCCAAGUGAAACCGAAGAAGGACACAAGACCCACCUGGCUACAAUCGAUCACCACCGUUUCCUGCCAUGAAACCAUACUCAACAGUUGCAUGCGCUAUAUUUCCGCCCCAUUCAAUCAACGACCGGAGAUAAUCCCUGUUGAAGACUUCUUCUAUCUUCCUCUAUAUGAGCAGCUUGAGCAUCAACAAUGGUAUUGGGACACGUUUCCGUUUGGGGAAUAUGCGUUUUGCCAGUGGCUUGUUCAUCUGCAUGAAAUAAGAACUAAAGAGGGGAAAGGUCCAGAAACUCUUAUUGAAAUGCUCCCAAGACUCCAGGAGAAAUAUUAUAAAUUAUCCUUCGAUGUCGUAUUGCCAAUGCUCUGUUGCUCUGGCUUUACGUCUGAAGCGGAGGCGAGGCUCUUCCAGAACGUGGUACAGCUAGGGAGUAGAAACAUGACAGAGGCUCUCAACAACAUGUCCCAAGGCCUAAUCUUAAGGUCUACUAAAUUCAACUCACAUGCAGAUCUUACUUGCGCGAUAGAAAUCACCGCCAGCGUUGUCGAGCAAACGCCAGAAGCAGAUGCCAGGCUAGGUAGGAUGCUUAUUAACCUAAGCCGAGCACACAUUCUCGAGCAAGACCAUUAUAAUUACGAAAGCUCAGACUUGAACACUGGCUUAGAGGUCGCCGAGAGAGCGCUGCAAGUAACACCAAUUGGCAGCAUGGACCGAGCUAGAGCAUUGCAUGAGCACGCUAAUUGGGCACACUGGAACGAGGACCUCGAUCAGGCAAUUGAAGAUACUGAGAACGCCUUGACUCAUACCCCUGACCUGAGCAAAGCAGAUAAACAGCUAUUUUAUCACUCCUUGGCCAUGUGGUUGGGAUACCGAUUUCAAAGGGCGGAGCAGCCCCAAGACGAUGACUUACGCAGGGCUGUGGAAUGUGCGCAGAGAGCUAUACAUGGCAUGUCAAAGAAGAAUCCAAGAUACGCUAAUGCGCUUCACACAUUGACUUUUUGGUUGAAGGCGACUGCUUCAAAGUAUCCUGACAAGCCAGAAUAUUUACGUCAGGCAAUUGAGGUGGCUGAAGAGGCAAAUGGACUUAGGCUACCCACUGAAGCCUCUAGUCAUAUGUAUCUCCGUGAGCUGUCUGGAUGUUUGCUCAUGCGCUAUGAGCGCGAGCGUAACAUGAAGGAUCUCGAAGAUGCUCGUGAGCUUAUAGAGGAGGGUUUGCAAACGACUAUAGAAACAUUUUCCUUGUAUCGCGAAUUCAUCAAUCUCAUGGAAGUAGUGAACGAGUUUGAAGAGGAAGUACAAAUGGGGAAAAUAUAG